AUGGUGCCGGUGAGGCGGGCGGCGAAGUGGCGGCCUGGUGGUUUUGAGGUGCGUGGUGAAGGGGUUUCCACGUUCGGGUACAGGAAUAAGAAUGUGAAACAGAAGACGUGGCGGCCUAACCACCCGCAAGCCUUCGUGGGGAACGUUCGCAAGGGACAAGGAUUUGCUUUUCGAAGAAAACUGAGAAUACAGCAAAGUUACAAGAAAUUGCUACGGAAGGAAAAGAAGGCCCAAACGUCACUGGAAUCUCAAUUCACAGAUCGAUACCCAGAUAAUCUGAAACAUCUCUAUUUUCAGAUAGAGGAAAGACUUAGGAAGCAACCAAAAAAAGUUGACCAUGCUUUGUCAGAACAAGUUCACCAGCCUUUGCCUGAAGAACAGUGUAGCAUUGACCAGGCUUUAUUUGAAGAUCAGUGUAGCUUUGACCAGCCUCAGCCAGAAGAACAAUGUAGUAAAACAGUAAACUCCUUUACAAUUCCAAAGAAAAAUAAAAAGAAAACAUCAAAUCAAAAAGCACAAGAAGAAUAUGAACAGGUACAAGCUAAACGUGCUGCUAAGAAACAAGAAUUCGAGAGGAGAAAACAGGAGAGAGAAGCCCAAAGGCACUACAAAAAGAAGAAAAUGGAAGUGUUUAAAAUAUUGAACAAAGAGACUAAAAAAGGCCAACCAAACUUGAAUGUACAAAUAGAGUACCUUCUUCAAAAAAUACAAGAAAAAAGUUAAACAUUUUGUUCCUACAGGUUAAAAUACCUGCUGCCUAUUAGGUUCUUCUGUGACAAGUGCC